AUGUCUACGAGCGCUGAGCCGACGAAUGAUGUUUCCUUGGUGCGACCGCGAGAUGAAGAAGACGUUGGAGAUGAUGAGAGACUGCUCAAGAGGCCAAAGUUGACCGACGAAGAGGCCGAAAUCAUGACGGAAAAUGCACCGUUAGACCUGACCAUGACUGUCGAUGCGCAUACAAGCGGCACAUUGACACCUUCUUCAUACACUUACAAGCAAGAGAAUCUCCUUCCACCUAGUAGAAAACUCUUAGGACUUCCUCCCGCGCCAGAAUUCCCGCCCGAUGGCCUUAUGCAUCGAACCCUUGAAGUCGACGUUGGGAUCUCGCAAUACAUUGGAAAGGGACUCUCUCAGAUCAACGGAAUCAUCAAGCAGCGGUUUACCGACUUUAUGGUCUACGAGAUUGACAUGACUCAUAAUGUCACGCACGUCAAAUCCAUUGAACGGCCCACGGCGACCUUGGUCUCUGCACCAUCCCCUCCGAUCGUCAAAGUCGACUCGAGCGAGCCAUGGCCCUCAUCUUUUGAUGAGGUAUUGACUGGAAUACUGUCCAAGGAGAAGGUUGAGGCCGUCAAAGCCCUCUUUCUCGAAGGACCAACCCCUCCGGCACCCAAAACAGUGUCGAGAGCUGGCUCGCCAAAGGCAUCGCCUGGACCAUCUACCUCUACAGCUCCUAUCUCAGGUGAUUCUCUUCCGGUAGAGUUCACUGGCACCAAAGCGAAGAGGCAGCAAGGUCGCAAGGACGCGCGCAAAGGCAACAAGGAGCAGAAAGCAGUUGAUAAUCGCCAAGUCCUUUCUGAUCCCAUUACUUCAAAGGAGCAGCGAUCUCAAUUUCACAAAACCAUGCGCGACCUCUUUGGUGGCAAGUUAGAUACGUUUACAGAUGAUGUAAAACCGGGUGAACCUGGCGCUCGUAUCGUUAUCAAGUGGGCUGGAGCAGGAUCCAAAGGCUCACGACGAGCAGCCAAUGACCGCGACCACCAACCGUAUAUUCACUUUACCCUCCAAAAAACUAACCGUGAUACGUCUGACGUCUUGGCCUACCUCGCUCGUAUGCUCAAGGUUGAUGGCAAGUUACUAACCACGGCGGGUACAAAAGACAAAAGAGGUGUCACGUGUCAACGCGUGUGCUUGAAACGUGGACGCAUGACGGUCGAGGAUGUCUGGGAUAGAAUCAAUCAAGCGGGUCGGCGCACGCUUACCCAGAUCUUGGAAGAGAGAGGAGAACGUGGUGUUCGCGUCUCGGACAUUGACUAUAGAAAAGGAUUCCUCCAGCUGGGGAUGCUUAAAGGAAAUGAGUUUCUCAUCACUUUACGGAAUGUCAAGGCAGCAUCUAUUGAAGUCAUAAAUGAAUCUAUGAACAUUCUCAAAACGAAAGGGUUUAUCAAUUAUUACGGCAUGCAACGAUUUGGCACAGCAUCUAUUCCUACACACGCCAUUGGCCUCGCUAUUCUACAAUCCGACUGGGCAAAAGCUGUCGAUCUCAUUCUUCGUCCUCGACCGGGAGAGGCCCCUGAAAUUCAAGAAGCUCGAUUUGCGUGGUCUGCAGAGAAGAAUCUGGAAAAGGCUCUUGCACUCAUGCCGAGACGCGUCGUAGCAGAACGUUGUCUUCUGGAGAGCUUCAAGCGCAUGAAUGGCGACACUCGAAAUCUGAUCGGAGCCCUCUCUUCGAUUCCACGAAACCUGCGCAUGAUGUACGUCCACGCGUACCAAUCCUAUGUCUGGAAUGCAAUCGUUUCGGAGCGAAUCAAGAGAUACGGGCUCGAUGGGCCUAUUGUAGGGGAUAUUGUUUAUGAAGAGAAGAUUAGUGAUGGCGAAUCUGAUCACGCUCCCACUGGAAGAGGAAGGGGUGGUUACAAACCACAAAGGAGACCACCACGUAAAGUCAAGGUGCUCUCUUGGGAGGAUUUGGCAAACUACACCAUCUUCGAUGUUUUGAUGCCUCUGCCCGGUACGGACGUUGCAUAUCCAGGAGGUGAACUAGGCGAGCUCUACCGUGAAUUCCUCAAGCUUGACGGGCUCGAUCCUUCCAACUUUAACCGCAAGCAAAGGGAAUACUCACUGGCGGGCUCUUACCGUAAGAUUGUGCAUUUACCCAAGCACGUUAGCUGGGAGACAAUGCACUACACUGACCCGGAGAUUCCGCUCGCACAAUCGGAUGAAGACAAGCUUCUGGGCUUGGAUCCGCCGCAGACGGACGAGGACGGACGCUUCCUUGCACUUCAGAUCCGCCUUCAGUUAGGAACAGCGUGCUACGCCACUAUGGCGCUUCGAGAGGUGACGAAAGUGGAUACGAGUACCCACACCCAGACGAUGCUCACUGUUGCGUCGGAAGACCAGCAAUACCGUGGUGUAGGAUUUACGGAAGAUCCGGAAUUAAUGGAGACUGAGAUGGCUGAGGAGGUUGCGGACGAAGAGUCUGUGGUCGCCGAGAUUUCAUAG